AUGAUUUUUUUAAGAAAUAGAAUCGAUAUGACAUUUAAAUGUAAAAAAAAUCCUAAUAUUGAAUGCGGCCUGGGAGAUGUUUUUUAUGUGUUGGUAUAUGGUGAUACUACUGUUUUAUAUAAAAAUAAAAGUGAAAAAAUUUGUUAUCCUAUUCCUGUACAUUAUCCAUCCUUCGUUCUAUCCGUUGCGGGUAAAAACGUUAAACCUAAAGACAUUUUCGAAUUUAAGAACUCAGAAGAGAUGAAAGCAUUUGAAAAUUAUGUGGGAACCAUUAAAAUGGAAAAAGCUAAAAUUAUCAACGAGUUUAAACUUAUAAAAUAA